CUUCCAAUCAGAACACGCAGUUCAGUUCCCUUUUUCCGAGUGAGCGGAAACGAUGCCAGCACCGGAAGUUUACUCACGCAGAUCAGAUUAGGUCCGAAGCACAGUGGCUAUAAGGAAGAAGAUGCUCAUGUGAUAGGUGGCAUCACCCUGCUUGCUGAAUGGACCCUGAGGUGUCUGUGCUCCUGCACUGCGGGCCUUGGAAAGGCCUGAGGGAAAAGCAAGUCCGAGUGGAGCUUUCGGACAAGUUUAACCGCAGGAAGUUUCCAGGCCUUGAGCGAUGCAUUGAAGAGGUGUGGACAGAGAGGGUAACUUCUGAGCCUUGGCUCUUCAAUGGAGCCAAAUUCCGACUACACUCUGUCACACUCAUGACUGAACUCCCCAGCAAUACUAACGUUGUAGGAGAUAUUGCCAGAGAUGCAGUAGAAGAAGAAGCAGAAAAUCCUGUGAAAGAUGUCCAUGACCAGGUUGGACACAUCAAAGGGCAGGAACCUGUUCAAGGUGAAAAGGAAGAGCGCACUGGAGUGAGUCCCCUGAGAGGGAAGGCCAACGAGGAUCCCUCGCAGAGAGUCAGCAAAAAAGGGUGUGGGGUAGACACAUGCAGCUGUAACGUGCAGAAGAUGGAGAUCCUGCAUAGGGACUUGGGAUUAUAUCCACACACAAAGGCAGGCACAUUGGCAGCACACCCAAACAGCAACAGAGCAAGAGAUGCAGACUCGUGUACACAGAUCUUUACACCAACAUGUUGUUACUCAGAGCGAAACACAGCGGUGAAAAAGGACACUGUUCUUACUAUGCAGCUUGGCCUCACCUGCUACAAGGACUUCUUGGGAACCAACUGGUCCAAAAAUGUGAAAGAACUAAUGAGGGAAGGGGAAAUCCAGUUUGGAAACCCAGAAUCCUUCCUGGCCCAGCCACUUGGGGUUGGGGCUGUGUUGCAAACUGUGGACAAACAUGUGGUGUUUCUCAGAAGAAGUCAAAAGGUGGCAGAGGCACCAGGACUGCUGGACAUACCUGGGGGGCAUCCAGAACCAAAGGCUGUGUGUAGGGGGGUCAGCGAGGAGAGUAUCCAGGUGGAACAGCUGCCGGAGGAGGCCGUGGUUAGAGAACUCUUCUCCUCCGUUCAGACGGAGAUCAAAGAUGAGGUGAACAUUCCCCUCAGCUGUCUCAGUGAACCCAUCCUCAUGGGGAUCGCUCUCAAUCACACCAGCGCUGGCAGGCCCAGCGCGGAGUUCUACGUCAGCUGCUCCCUGACAUCCAAAGAAGUGAAAAAGCUGUACUGGGAAGGGGGCCCCGAGGCUAGCGAGUCCACAGAUAUCAUCUUUCUGAACAAAGAGGAGGUCCUGAAGCUGGAGAAGAGUGCCCUUCUGUGGUCUGAACUGUGUCCUUCAGCUAAAGGAGCAGUGCUUCUGUACCACCUUGUUCGGCCAGAUCUAGAUUGAACACUUGAAGAGAUGAUUACCCUUCGACAGUUACUUGUUGAAAUCCUUAAAUGCAGAAACCGUGACCAUUAAACGAGAAUUCAGGGCAAAUGUAAUGGGGCAAGGGAUAAUCAAUAUUAACAAGUGGCUACAUUGUAAUUUUUUUAUAUACAAUACUGUUUAUCUUCAUGAUUUGUAUUAUAUGAAAGCAAAGAGAUUGUUUUAGAUUUGUGAUUUUAUGGAAGAGCCCAGAUUUGAAAUGUGAACAUAAAUGUAAAUUUUUCAAGUUCAACAUUACUUUGUUACAACACAAGGUUAUUACAUGACUAAUACACACUCACCAGAUAGCUUGCUGCAUAGUUUGUGUACAGUGUUUAGUCACAUGAAUGACAGGAGGUAAUGUCAGAGGAAAAUGUGCAAUUACAAUCAAAAAUUUAAGUGAUUCACCCAGUUCCAUGUUUAGAUAAACAUGAGAACUGCACACUACCAGGUUUUGAGAAGUUGGAUGGCAACUUCAUUAAUGUCUUAACAUUUCAGUAAACCUAUUAGAUUAUGCAAACAAAUUGUGAUUCCCAUUACAGGAAUGAGUGGACAAGGAGCAGAUCUGCACAAAGUAAAGGAUAAAGGUCUUUUGUUCCCAUCAAAGGACCAAAAAGAUCAGUGAAUUAGUUUUUGACCAGAAAUUACCAUUUGUGAAUUGCCCACUGAAUUGUCUGCAAUAUACAGGGGCACAUGUAAUUAAAUAAAAAUGUUAAAUUCAGUAAAAAUUACAAGUGAAAGCACAAAAAUGUCAGAUGGAAAGUGGAAAGGGGGAUUUGACAGUAAAUAUGACUUUAAUCCAUUUAACAGCCAGUAUGAGUGUGCAGUAAAAACUUUACUGGGCACCCCACCACCAAAGGAUGGCUCUGGUCUGUUCCAUCUUUCGGUGAACCCACACAUCAGGGUGAGGUGUGGCCAACAUGCUUUUUAAAGUCUAUUCAUUCAAUGCUUUAAAAUCAAUACAAAAUCCCUUUUUUUUUUUUUUAAAUCUCACAUCCAGCUAGACUAUCCUUGUGAGCAUUCCAAUAAAGCUGGUCCUCGAAGUAAGCAGUUGUGUCCACAAACCCAAGUACAACUGAACUCAUUGUAAGGAGAUUGUACAAUGAGACAAUUUAGCCUAACAUUACUUCAAGUGGUACAGAGUCUGAGGUAAAAUAAAAAACAUUGACUUUCAAAAACAAACAUCUCACACAGCUCUAAUUUGGCAAAUAGCUGUUACAGAUUAAGAUAUUUAAACAAACUGUACUGUCAAAAAAAGAAAACCACUACAUAAAUCAGGAUUAAGGUUGGAGAACCAGUUACCUCUCAGAAGAGAAGUUAUGAUUUUUUUUU